AUGUUUGACUAUGUGAAUCUAUUCUUCGCAGCGUGCGAGGAUAAAAACGUCAGAUUCAUAUCUAGCGAAGACUAUUUCAACUACAAGGACUUGCUCAAGGACACAACAUCGAGUAGUACUGCGAAAAUUACUGUAACUGUGCUAUCAUCUACCAGUGAUCCACACGCGUCAACAAAAUCGGGAGGAGAUGCACCCAUUGAUUCUACGGAUAGUACCAUCACUGGAGUCCCAGUAACAUCGGUCGCUACUUCUACAGACACAGGACAAUUGGCAGACGCAUCUUCCCAGCCAUCACUGUCAGCGUCUCCAACGCCAUCGAGCUCCACAACAGAAGGGGGAACGACAUCAGUUGGGCCAGCGCCGCUCCCGAACGACACUGGUCUCGCGGAAUCUACGUCGAAGGGGCAAAAUGGCGUGACUGUCCACUCGCAUGUCACUAUCACUGCAACCUCGAAAGCCGCACCUCAAUCUACCGCCACUGCCGCUGCUGCGCCUACACUCAGUACCACCGCUAUCGCUGGUACAGCAGCAGGCGGUACCGUAGGUAUUGCGCUCAUCAUCGGCCUCAUAUUCCUCUUUAUGCGCCGUCGCAAACGCCAAUCUUCACUGGCGUCUCCAGCAGAUAUAUGGGAGCCCUCUCGCAACACCAGCCCGAAGCCUAAAUUGCCAAAUAUCCAGGAUGAUUCGAGCUUCGGUCGAUACUCGGAGAUGGGAGCCGGUGUACCGAUGCGCCAACGCUCGAAAGCCGAGCUACACAGCGAGGAUAUAUCAAGAUGCAUAGUGAAGGCAGCGAAAACGCGCGAUACUAUAGUUCAGCACAGCUACCUGAACCGCAUCGUCAUGGAAGCAACAUGGAGUCUCGAUACCCUGAGCUGA